CCUGACAGGAACGUUUAUCUGCUGUUGAAGAAAUGGCAGAUCCUAUAGUUUAUAUCGCUAUAGAUUUUGGCACAGCGUUUACUGGUUACUGCUUCAAGUUUAUAGAAUCAAAACAGGUUCGUCAGCCUAAAUGGGGUGAAGAGUACGGUCUGAACACUCCAAAGACACCUACCUGCAUUUUGUUUGACGAAGAUGAAAAUUUUCUAAAGUUUGGCUAUGACGCAGUCAUGACGUACACCAGACAGAUUCGGAAAAAUGAAGCAAAGAAGCUUCUCCUCUUCGACAACUUCAAAAUGGAGCUUUUUGGCAAGGAAUUACACAGAGACUUUAUGAUGACUGCCAAAAACGGGAAAAAAAUGAGAGCUAUGAAAGUGUUCUCUGAGAGCCUGAAAUUCAUGAAAGAUCACGCCCUAGAUAUGAUUCAAAGGCACACAGCUGGAGUAAAGUACUCUGCCUCUGAAGCUACGUGGGUUUUGACAGUUCCAGCCAUUUGGAGUGCAGCAGCUAAACAGUUUAUGAGAGAAGUAGCUACAGAGGCUGGUCUGGUGUCCGAAUCUGAGCCUGAAAGACUGAUCAUAGCUCUGGAACCAGAAGCUGCAUCUGUGUGGUGUAAACAGCUCCCAAAAGAAGGUUUUAUGGAAGGAGAUCCUACAGAAGCAGAGAUGAUAGAACAAGUUCCAGGAACACAGUACAUGGUGGUGGACUGUGGAGGUGGAACCAUUGACAUCACAGUGCAUGAGGUGGUGGAGGGGGGUCGCUUAAAUGAGCUGCACGGGGUAUCAGGAAAUAACAUGGGGGGACAGACAGUGGACAAGAACUUCAAAUCAUUGAUCAGAGAGAUAUUCUCUGAAAAAGUGUUUGAUGAAUUUGUGGAAAACCAUCCCAGUGAGCUGCAGCGGUUGAUGUAUGAUUUUUCUAUCUGUAAACGUUAUGAUGGAGACGUGUUGGUGCAGUGUCCAUUUAGUUUACAACAGAUAGCCAGCAAAGAAGAUGACAUAGAAGCCUACUUUAGUGGAGACAACGAUAUUGACUGGGAAAGUGGACAAAUACUUCUGUCAGGGGCAAAGCUAAGAGCUCUACAUGAGGAUAGUAUCAGGGGCAUAGAAAACCUGAUGAAAGAAAUAUUGAAAAACCCCACACUGAACAUCCAAUACAUCUUCUUAGUUGGAGGCUUUGCCCUGAGUCCUUACGUGAACAGUUUUGUCAAAGAGAAGUUUGGGUUGAAGUGUAAGGUGCUCUGCCCUGUAGAUGCUCAGAUGGCCGUUGUGAAUGGAGCUGUUAUGUUUGGCAUGAUGCCAAAUGUGGUGGAAUCACGGAUCAGUGUUUUCACUUACGGGAUCGCAGUUGUGCACUUGUUUGAUGAGUCCAAACACAAGGGCAAGAGCAAAUAUGUCAGUAAGGAUGGAGUUCAGUUCUGUGAUGUUUGCUUUCACUGCCUAGUGAACAAGAACGAGUCAAUUCCUUUUGAUGAAGCUGAAAAGUACAUAUUUAAUCCACUUGAAAAGGACCAAAAAGAAAUGCAUUUCAGUUUUUAUUGCACUGAGAAGGAAACUGCUGAGUUUGUAGAUGAGAAGGGAGUGAUGAAGAUUGGAUCUUUAGCAGUGUCAAUGCCAAAGAUUUCAAAGGGCACAAAUCGUUCUGUAGUCCUUGAAAUCAAGUUUGGUUUCACUGAGAUGCAGGCAACCGCCACAGACGUUGAUUCUGGUGAGACCACUUCAGUCAAAAUGGACUUCAUGUCCAAGUAAUUAAUUUGAUUUGUUUGAGAAAAAGCAUUUAUUUACAUUUGUGUACUAAUAAUGCAUAGAAAUUUAGUUCUAGAAAUUACAUUAUGCAAUAAUUGUGUAAAAUAUGAUUUUAUAACAGAACAAUUGAUUAUAAAAAAAUAAACUGGUUAAGGGAUUCCUAAUUAGUUAAACAUUCUUAAAGCAGAAAAUAUCUAUAUGCUUGUACUGAUAGGCACUGUUUGUUUAUUCGUAUAAAUAUUUGUAUUAUAAUGUCUUUGUUGAAACUGAAAGAGAUUCAAGGAUCAAACAGGGAAGUGAAACUAAUGUAUUACAAAUAAUAUGUGUGAGAUCCUGUGUUUCUGAUAAUGCAUGAAAA